AGUACAUACUACUAUAUGAGUACGUUUCUCGUCUAUCUAACCCAAUAGCCCAAAAGCAUUGGCUCUCAUCAAAGACCCUCUCUCCCUUUCUAGAGUCUCUAUUUCAAAGCUGAAAAGGACAGUCCGAGCAAAAGCUAGCUGGUUUCUCUUGGCCCUGAGAAAGAGAAGGAGAUAGAGAGUUGUUACUCUGUUUAUUUGCAAUGGAUGCGAAGGCAGUAGUAGAUGACUAUUCCAUGCCACUUCUGGUUGGUGAAAAGCAACAACAUGGGUUAUUAGGAAGAAGAGAAGAGGAAAUCGAAUCAAAUAAUCAUAAUCAUGAUUACCAGAAAACGAAAUCGUCUUUUGUCAAAACCUGUUUCAAUGGUUUAAAUGCUUUAUCAGGAGCUGGAUUACUUUCAAUCCCAUAUGCACUAGCCUCGGGAGGAUGGCUAAGCUUGAUACUUCUCUUUGUUAUAUCUAGUGCAGCUUUUUAUUCAGGCAUCCUUAUAAAGAGGAGUUUGGAGCUUGAUUCCAUAAACAUAACAACUUAUUCUGAUAUAGGCUAUCGUGCUUUUGGGAACAAAGGAAGAACAAUGGCUGCCAUUCUCAUGUACACAGAGCAGUACUUAGUGGCAACUGGUUUUCUAAUCCUUGGUGGUGAUAACCUGAACAACCUAUUUCCUGGUGUUAAGCUUGACAUUUCAGGAGGAUUAGCACUCGAUGGCCAACAAUGUUUCAUUCUGAUCGUUGCUCUAGCUAUAUUACCCUCGGUUUGGUUUGAUAACUUGAGCCUUCUUUCUUAUGUCUCGGCAAGUGGGGUUAUAGCCUCUUUGGUCAUCUUUUUGUCCAUUGUUUGGGCUGGUGCUUUUGAUGGCAUUGGGUUUCAUCUUGAGAAGACAUCUCUUCUUAAUUUGAAGGGACUUCCUACUGCCGUUAGCUUGUAUGCCUUCUGUUAUUCUGCCCAUCCAGUCUUCCCCGGCCUUUAUACCAACAUCAAAAACAAAAAUCAAUUCUCUAAUGUACUUGCGUUAUGCUUCUUUCUAUGCACAUUUACAUAUGCAGCAAUGGCAGUAUUAGGAUACCUGAUGUACGGGUCAGAUAUCCAAUCAGAGAUCACGUUGAACCUGCCGACAAAGAAUCUGAGCUCAAAAGUUGCCACAUACACCACCUUGAUCACUCCCAUAGCCAAAUAUGCCAUAAAUGUGACACCUAUUGUGGAUGAAGUCAAACGUUGCUUACCAAAUUAUCUCAGCCCCAAAUUCUCCGGUAUGAUAAUAGGUACCACCAUCUUAAUAAGUAACGUUGUGGUAGCACUCACAGUACCCUUCUUUGCUUCUCUAAUGUCACUGGUCGGUGCCUUUGUCAGUGUCACAACCGCCAUUACAUUCCCAUGUCUAUGCUACUUCAAAAUAUCUGGUAAUUACCAAAGAUUUGGAUAUGAAACCGUAGUUUUAAUCAGCAUAAUGAUGAUGGGUAUUGCAGUUGCUAUAUGUGGUACUUACACCUCUUUGAUAGAUAUAUUAGGGAAGCUUCAAUCAUAAACAUGAGAAUGUAAUGGCUGUUGUGACAUUUGUUUUGUUAUUCAAUGUGUUGUACUAAGAAAACGAGAGAAAAUUAAACAUGGGUUUAGCCUGCGGUUGUGUGGCUGCUUCGGCCCAAGAAUAUGACUGCAUUUUUUGGGCUUCCACCGUUGGGCCUCGCCAUCUGCGUACGGACGUGUAUCUUCGUUGAGUACUUCUUCAUCCUUCAGACUAGCAAAGAAGUGUGCUAAAUGUCAAAUUUGUAGUACGUGCCACGCAGUGUAGAAAACUUUAAAUUCCGCGAAUUCUUUUUGUGUGAUGUUCUAUUAUUGUUGUGGUAAAAUAAAUGAUUUGUGUUUAAAUAUUAUGUUUACUUAUUUUA